UCUGCAAAUCCGAAUUUUUUUUCUAUAAAACUCCUCUUCAACGACACAAGAAGAGAAGCAGCAAACAAUACUCAACCACCCUCCUAUCCUUUUGUUUUCUCUCUCCUCGCCGUCACCACCGCCGCCGGUGAAAUCAACGAGACCGUAGCGUUUACUUUUUGCGGUGGUGGAUCGGAGUGGUUAAACUAUUUUCUCUCUCUUCAGCAGUUCUCCACACAAUGCCAGCGCAGAAACGUUCGGCGGAGGAGAAGUACUCCGACGAGGAUCCUCCUCACAACGCUGCCGUAAAUCACGAAGGAGACGAGGCGGAGGAAGACGUAGACGAGCCCGUUGAAGGUGAAGAACAAAACGAUGUUGUUGCCGCUGAUGAUGAUGAACAACAACAAGAAGAUGCAGAAAAGGAUGAAGAUAAACAUGGCGGCGGCGCAGUGCCCGAUCGAACUUUAGAGUGUACCAGUGAUGAUGAUGACGUCAAUGAUGAUGAAUUCAUCGUAGUUAAACUGUCCGAUAUUCGCAAGGAAGUGCAAUGUCCAAUUUGUCUUGGGAUCAUCCGGAAGACAAGAACAGUUAUGGAAUGUCUUCAUCGCUUCUGCAGAGAGUGCAUUGACAAAUCAAUGCGGAUGGGGAACAAUGAAUGCCCUGCGUGCCGCUUACAUUGUGCUAGUCGUCGGUCUUUAAGAGAUGAUCCCAAUUAUGAUGCACUGAUUGCGGCGAUAUAUCCAGAUAUUGAUCAAUAUGAAGAAGAGGAUUUGGCUUUUCAGGAAGAGGAAAUAGUUCGAAACAAACAGAUUCAAGCUGCAAUUGCCCAAACUUUUCGUCGACAGACAGAGGCGCUUGGCCGUAAAAGAAGAAGAUCGUCGGGUAACUAUCGAAGAAGAAGAAACUAUCGCUCUGAAGAUGAUGAUGAUGCUAAUGGUCAUGAUGGUGGUAAAGAUUCAUCUUCUGCAGAAGAACGUUGCACAGAGCCUAAACCUAAAAGACCCAAGAGAUGGAGAGUUCCGCCAUCACCAGCGGCAGCUUCUGUUUGUGGAGAUGGAGGCGGUGAUGAAAAUGAUCAGGAGGUGCAGAGGGAAGCUGUGGUUGCACCACCAGCAUUUGUUGGAACCUCAGAAAUUCUUGCGUGGGGCAAAGGUGGCUUGAGGAGUAGUACUAGAUAUGGGAGCGGAAAUGGUGGUAAUGUCAAGCAUUCCCGCAGCCGCUUUGCUAGGUUGACUGAUUAUUUCCGGACCUGGGACCAAAACGAAAGUGAGUUGGAUAUUCAGGUGGUGCUUGUUUCUCUUGAUGAGCAGAAAGAACCUUCUCUGCAACACUCCUACUUGUGUGGCAAGCCAGCCUUAUCCGUGGGACAAUUAUGCCAAUUUAUUGCUGUUCAGACUUCUCUGCCACCUGAUAAAGUUGAAAUUUUGGGUGCGAAAGGCAUAUGCUGCUCAAAGUUGAGCUCUUUGUCGACCAUGCAAGUCCAAACACCAAGUUCUACCGCAUUUGAGGCAUGCAAAGAUGAGCUGCAAGUGUUGGAUUCUGAAGAAACUCUGGCUGGACUUAAAGCCGCAAGCAAUUUCACCCGGGGUCACUUGAUGUUGGCUUAUCGGCAAAAGUUGUCAAUCUAAAGGAAUACCGUUGGCUGCCACAAGGAGUUGGCCAACACAUCACAUAUUUGUAAAGGGAAAAGAAGUAUACACAUAAAAGUAAGAGUUUCAGGUGUUGGUAGAUUAUGAAAAUGAAAAUUAUGUUUUAGGUUGGAGUUUGAGCUUCACGGCUUCAAGAUUCUAGCUGACGGUUUGUGGUUGUUUAUGUCUGCAUUAACGUGUAAGCUAUUUGAAUAGGAGCUGUUGUUGUUCACUGUCUUAUUGCAGUUAUACUUAUGGCUAUUGGCAAAUGCCAGACUUUUUUUAGCCAAUGAAAUAGAUUGUAAAUUAGUUAAGCAUUAUCCAGCAAACAUUUGGAUGAUUUUAUCUAAUGUUGAAUUUACAUGCCAAACAUGGGUCCUAAGUUGGUUCCCAACUGGCUACAGUCUUAAGACUGUUGAUAUUCGA